AUGGCUCGCCAAACCUCCAACAAGAAAUUGAAGUUCAAGCUUGCAGCCAAUCACAUUGAGUACCUUUCAAAAUCCCAGGCGGAAUGGUAUACUGCUAAGGCUACCCGAUCCACUGCCCAGUUUGUCAGGAAACGACGCCGUCGCAUUGUGUCGAUGCUGGAGGAGACAUCCGGGGAGGCUCCCGACCCCACGAUGAAGGCCUCCAUUGAAGAAGCUGUGGCUGCAUGGUUCAAAGCCAACUGCAGGCCUAGAAACAAAGCGGCAAAGAUUGGGACAAAGGCUCGGAGUGGAAGGGAGGUGUUUGCACACAUGGAAUGGAAGGAAGUCGCCAGGAAGAAGAGGGAGCUAAUGGACGCCGCCCAGUUCGAGGGGGACCAGCAUAUAGGAUUUUACCAGAGGGCAGUGACCGAACUCUGGGACAAGCUCCCCGAGGAACAAAAGGCGAGAUAUGCGAAUGAGGCUGUGGAAUGGGACAAUAUAGCUCCACCAGGGGAGAUCCAACUCAUUAACGCAGAGUCUGUGAGCCGACGGACCUGGUUAUUUGCAGAGGACAUCUACCGCCAGGCGAACGCGCGUAUGUGGGCGAUGGUUGCUUUCAGGGAUAAGGAUGGGGUGCUGGUGAAGCAGAUUGUGGAUCACAACGAUAGACUUGACGGGGGGACACGGUUGGAUGAGGAGUUCAAGGGGGACUACGAGAAGAUGCACUUUGAGAAGCUCUUUGAUCGUUGGAUGCGUCCAUAUUACUCUACCCAGGAGGGUCAAGGCCCCGCACAACCACCGAAAAAUGUCCGAGAGCUCGCGCGGGUCGAGUUGGAGAGGAACCAGUAUGGCGAGCCAAUCCUCCCCGAUGUCAACCAAUGUCCUCCAGGCGAGCCCAGUCAUCGGAAGUGGAUCACGAAAGUGUUUCGCGCAUUCAUCUUUGACAGUUAUCGCGUUGCAUCCGGAGGUGUCAAGAGUGAUAUCUCUUGGGCCCGAUUAUUUGCCAACCUUCGCCGUUUUGUCGACGAAUCAUUUUGGCCUGACCGACUAACGGUUGACUUGAAGGACCCUUCUGUGAUGCGGUACGACAACCUCAAGGCUAUCCUGGGGUUUUGGUACAGCCGUCAGCUGGCGGGUGCCGACCCCGUGUUCUCCUUCUCACAUUACGAAGAUCCAAAGAACGAAGGGACUUGGCUCGAGCGAGUUGCCCGCAUACCCAUUGACACCGACCUGCCCAGCAAACAGGAGAAGUCCAAAAGGGGCAAAGGCCAAGGGGAGGGAAGGAACCCAGAAGCCAGGGCGGGUAGACCCGCGGCACCGUUCGCCGCGGCACCGUUCGCAGGAGGGUCUAGACCCGUAGCACCAAACUGGUCGGACUCACCACUCAAGCGGAUCGGCACUGCUGUUGUCGAAUCGUCGGGUCAAGAAACCGAAGGAGAGGGUAUGGGAGAUGACAAUUCAGAGACAGAGGGUGAUGAGGGCAAGGGAGGAAGGGUUCAAAAGGCAUUGGGACAGCCAAAGGGAAGGACUAAAGGCAAGGUUAAGGGGAAGGAGAGGGCGAAAGCAACUGGCGGGAACGACUCGAAUGGGGGAAGUGAUAGUGAAGGUGAUAGGGAAGCGAAGGAGGCUACGGUGGAUCAAACACCCGACUCAUCCGCCGGGGAAGAAGAACGCACCCCCGCAAAGUCGACGAAGAAGUCUAAGGGGAAGAAGGGGAAGGGGAAGUCAGGCGUGGACGACGACGACCCUUCCGCCGGGGAAGAAGAGCCCACCCACGCAAAGUCGAAGAGGAAGGGGAAGAAUAGGAAGGGGAAGGGGAAGGCAGACGCCGACGAUGACUCAUCCGCCGGGGAAGAAGAACGCACCCACGCAAAGUCGAAGGACGACGACCCUUCCGCCAGGGAGGAAGAACGCACCCACGCAAAGUCGAAGAAGAAUUCGAAGGGGAGGGGGAAGACAGUCCACGCCGACGAUGAGUCAAGAGGACCUGAGGAUAGUGGCGAGGAACAACCAGUGCAGAAGAGGAAUAUGCCAACUCUCUCCGCCGGAGUGACCACACGAGCGAAGGCAAAAUCCUCUGAGAUUCAGACCAGAUCCAAAACAAAGUUGAAGGGCAUAAAGCCGAGGCCGGCGGGUGUACGGAAUGGAGGCGAUAUAUUCGAUUUGAAAGACAGGAGGCCAAAAGGCAAGAAUUAUUAA